CAGUUUGAGUUAGUUUGCUGCUCCGAUCUAAUACAGUAAUGGUGGUACUUAUUGCCAUUUAUUUAAUUGUUCUACUAACCAGCAGGAACUUAGCCACAUCCAACAACGAUGAGAAGGUUAUUGGAGGAUAUAUCGACAGCAUCGAGAACGUUCCCUAUACUGUCUCACUAAAUGAUAAGCAUGUUGGCCAUUUCUGUAGCGGUACUCUAGUGUCCAAUAUCUGGAUUGUGACGGCAGCUCACUGUGUUUGGGGAUGGGGAACAGCCGAAAAAACAAACCAGCGUCUAAAAAGUGCAAUGGUUGGGAUACUGAAACGAUCUAUUUGUACGGAUAAAAUGGCACCAGAAUAUGUUACACAGAAUAUGGUGUGCGCAGGAGGUCAGGAAAAGGACGCAUGUCAUGAUGAUUCAGGCGGCCCAAUGGUAUGCAACGGAUUGCUCGUAGGAGUGGUGUCUUGGGGAUAUGGUUGUGCUACCCUUCACAAACCUGGAGUCUACGCAUACAUCCCUGCAAUGUGGGAUUUCAUAGCUUCGCAUGUUGAAAUGAACACUAGUUAUAAAUAUAAUAACGAUCGAUUGUUGGACCUUUCCAAAACAAAGGGUGAAUUGAUAAAUCUUUAGUGCGAGGCUGUAUUUUUUUACUGAUUGAUACAAAUUAUUGAAAGAUUAAAAUCCAGAAGCAGCUCAAAGGCUAAAUGGGUUCAGGAAUUAAGAUCAUAGGACAAGA